AUGCGUGUUCGACACAUGUGGCAUGUGUCGUUUCUUGUCAAUUUAAUGACAGCGCCCAAUACAACAGGGCUGGACUUGGUUCCUCUUUUCUUUAUUUGUUACAUGAUAUCCCUCAAUCGGAAUCCUUUAGCUCAUGUCCAUGUCCUGUGUGAAAUCGGAUUGGCUCCAGCUUGGCCGGCCACACAAGAAUACAUGAUCCAAUUGUGCGAGGACUCUUUUGCCAAUAAAGUAACAAGGAACAAGAGAUCAUUUCAAUUGGCAACAGAAAUGUCCAUUGGUAAUGAUGCAUGGAUGGUAUCCUGGAUGAUUGAACAUGAAUGUGCCUUAAGAGACGAAUUGCAUAAAAAUAUCUGUGAUCUGCUUGAAUCCAUUUGA